GGGCCCGUAGCGCCGCUCUCGGUUGUGCUGACUGCGAGCUUGGGACGGUGGGUCGCGGGCUCUCGCCGCCGGCCAUCGUUCAGCCCCGUGUCGCCGCGGCUGUCCGCCCCUCAGCCUCCACCAUGGACUUCGAGGACGAUUACACACACUCUGCUUGCAGGAAUACUUAUCAGGGCUUUAAUGGAAUGGAUCGUGAUUAUGGUCCUGGAUCGUACGGAGGGAUGGACCGUGACUAUGGCCAUGGAUCGUAUGGGGGUCAGAGAUCCAUGGAUUCCUACCUAAACCAGUCAUAUGGCAUGGACAAUCACAGUGGUGGUGGUGGGGGUAGCAGGUAAAUAACUUAAUCACUUGGCCAAAUAAUUACACAACUAUGAGUCUGGAUAUAUUAUUUUUUAAAGUAUUCCUUAGCUUUAUUAUGAUACUUGAAUUUUGCUGUUUGGUAUUGAUUGUCACCUUAAAUGUUUAGUUGUUUUAGUUAAUGGAUAUAAAGAUUAUCUCCAGAUGACUGACAAAGACAUUUUAGGGAAACCCCAGAUAACAUUACUUCAUUAUAAAAUAAUUAAGUACUGUGUCUUUACUAGUGAAAUUUAUAUUUUUUACUACUUUUCUUUUUAACUCCUUUCAGCUAAAAUAUCUUGAAAAAUGUUAUAAGAAGUUA